UGUUUAUCUAAAAGUAAACUGGACUGGACUACAUGGUAUCUACUCCUAGCGAUGGCACUGACUGAGCAGGGGGACUAUACCUAUAGAUACAAAGACCUCUCUCAUCCUAUAGAGUUUUUGGAUGCGUUCAGGACGUUCUAUCUCGAAGGGUUAUUCACUGAUAUUACCCUUCAGUGUGCACCCAAUGUGCUAUUCCAUUGCCAUAAAGCUGUACUAGCUGCUUGUAGCAACUAUUUCAAAGCCAUGUUUACCUCUGACAUGAAAGAAAAGUCAAAGGAUCAGAUUUAUCUUUCUUUGUUCAGUCCUACAAUACUAGAAUCCCUGGUGAUGUACACGUACACAUCAGAGAUCCAGAUAACAAAACAAAAUGUUCAAAGCCUCCUUCAAGCUGCUGAUCAUCUUCAGUUCACUUCUGUCAAAAAAGCCUGUGAGCAGUUUCUGAUCAGACAUUUAGACCUUGACAAUUGUUUAGGAAUGCACUCCUUUGCAGAAUUCCAUGUCUGCUCAGAACUGGAGAAGGAAUCCAGAAGGAUAAUAUUGUCCAGAUUUGAAGAAGUGUGGAGACGAGAAGAAUUUCUAGAGAUUAGCAACAAGAAACUCCAGUUCAUUCUCUCCAGAAAGAAGCUUGAUAUAUGGAAAGAAGAAGAAAUGACAGAGCCCAUUGCCAAAUGGAUUGCCUUUGAUGUGGACAGCAGGAUCGAAUACAUUUAUGAUCUGUUGAGGUGUCUUGAAAUUGAUUCAGAUGAAAUGUACUUGAAAUCAGCCCUCAGCUUGUACAAGAAAUACCAGUUAAAGGAAAAUAAAAUCAGAUCUCUAAUACGUAGUGUAUUAAGCCCCAAGCCAAGAGCAGUUACAAAAAGAUCUACCACUAUUAUGUAUGUGAUUGGGGGUUAUUAUUGGCACCCUUUGUCUGAAGUGCAUAUAUGGGAUUCAGUAAACAAUAUUUGGGUCCAGGGAACAGAUAUGCCAGAUCACACACGAGAAAGCUAUGCAGUGACAAGCCUGGGACCCAAUAUUUACGUGACUGGAGGUUACAGAACAGACAAUAUAGAAGCCCUUGAUUUAAUGUGGAUAUACAAUUUUGAAACUGAUGAAUGGACUGAAGGCUGCUCCAUGCUUAAUGCAAAAUACUACCACUGUGCAGUUACCUUAAGUGGUUGUAUCUAUACUCUGGGAGGUUAUCGAAAAGGGGCUCCAGCUGAAGAAGCGGAAUUCUAUGAUCCUUUAAGAAAGAAAUGGUUCCCAAUUGCAAACAUGAUUAAAGGUGUUGGAAAUGCCACUGCUUGUGUCCUGAAUGAAGUCAUCUAUGUCACCGGAGGCCAUUAUGGUUAUCGGGGAAGUUGCACUUAUGAUAAAAUACAACAGUACAACUCAGAUAUUGAUGAAUGGAGUAUAAUCGCCACAAGUUCAUAUCCAGAGUAUGGAUUAUGUUCCAUUGCACUGGAAAACAAACUGUAUUUUGUGGGCGGUCAGACGACAAUCACAGAUUGUUAUGAUCCAGAGCAAAAUGUGUGGACUCAAAAGGCUGAUAUGAUAGAAAGAAGGAUGGAAGGCAGCGCAGUCGUCAUGAAUGGAUGUAUCUAUGUAACAGGAGGCUAUUCCUCUUCCAGAGGGUCAUACCUGCAGAACAUUGAGAAAUAUGAUCCUGAGUGUAAUAAAUGGGAAAUUGUGGGGAAUCUUCCUAGUGCUAUGCGUUCCCAUGGCUGUGUAUGCGUAUACACUGUGUAUGAUGAAGAAAAUGUUACUUCUGUGACUGGAACUACAAGAUAAGCCACCACGUACAAAAAUUUGCUUACAGGAAACAAAAAUGUCUUUCAGUAGCUUAGCAGUUACAGGUUAGAAGAUAACUAACAUCACAGUUCAAUUUAAUUAAUAUUACUAAUUCAUUCUGCUUUACAUGUGGCCAUAUAUCAGAUUCAAAAACUGCUAAAUGUUUAUUGCUGCCUAUCAAGGUGACUGUAGGUGGCUUAUAAUCAAUCAAUGAAACAUCAAUAUAAAACAUUAAAACAAUAGUAACAUUAAAUUUGAUUUAAAAUUGACAAAGAUGGGGAGGGAGCGAGCGAGAUACACAUGGGCAAGAGGUGGGGUCUUGUCUUAGUCAAUUAACCAACUCCAGAAUGACAUGCCCCCAUUGGAGCCUCAAGCCAGUUGGCAGAGCCAGGUCUUCAGGUCUUUUCGGAAGGCCAAAACUGUGGGCGCGGUGCGGAUCUCACCUUGAGGGGCAUGAUGUUCCAGGAGUUAUCCUUUCUGAGGAAAAGCUGCUAUUAUUUUGGUUUUUUUCUGCAACUCAGUACUUUUUUGUAGGAACACAAUCUUUCUCAGCUUGGUCCUGUUUAGGUGUGAUGGACCACAACAUCUAUAAUCCCUACUCUCUGGCUGUGCAUCACUCCUGGACGGCAUCCACUUUGGAGUAGCUAGUCUACUUUAGUUAACUGUAUGCAACAAUGCUCACUUUUAACUUAGAAUGAUAACAAUUUUUAUAAUUUUCUUUCUCCAGAAAACACAUAUAUAAUUGUCCCAUUCUUGAGUUACAUUAAAUCCUUUGAAGUUCUGAUAUUACAAGCUAUGUGAUGAAGCAGAUAUAGAUUCAUUUAUGACCUGUGGUUGUAUAUCAAUGCUAAAGAAGCACUAAAGAAGAACAGGAAGAGGGGAGAAUCUCUCUUUCUCUCUCUCUCUCUGUGUAUGUUCUUUUGUUGCUUCAAAUAGAUAUACAAGCUAUUCCCCUGUGAACUUUUUGUCUUAUCCUGCCUUUUAAACUUAAAGGAGAUAAGUAGUAAAUAUUUCUAUGCCCUCCCCCCCAAUUAGUUAUCAAGCUAAAUCCUAGCCAGUGUAGAAUUUAUUGAGGUUUUCACAUGCUUGUGUUAUUUACAAGGCAACUUCAAUAAUGGGGCAUGGGGCCAAAUUGUGCUACCCUUUUUUUACGCCAAUUUAAUUUAGCGAAUCCUGAGGAAAUAGGAAAUGUUUCUUCUGACAUGUUAUUUUGAGGAUACCAAAUUCAGUUGGAAAGGACUAUUAUUGGUUUAAAUGGUAAAUUAUUUAUUUAUUAAACAAACAUAUAUAGCUGCCGAACUCACACACAGGUGACUCCGGGCAGCUUACAACAACACAAUCAAAUCAAGCACUUGAUCUACGCCAUCUCCAUUGGUGGUGCCUAGGCCCUCUGACAAAACCAUGUUUUCAGGACCUUUCAGAAAAGCAACACAGUGGGAGCCAACCAUGCCUUGGGUGGGAAUGAUGCUAUAUAAACUUAGAUAUGGGAAUCCUAAAUGUUCUAUAAGUGACCAUCUAGAUUCUAGAGAACAACAUAUUGUUUCAAGAUGUGUGGAAUUGCGGGCUGAAAGGGAGGAACCCCCCUACUAGGGGGUUUAAGAGAUAUUUUGGCUUAGAAUCUGUUUGGUGGAGGAAACAUCUGAGAUCAAACCUUUAGGUCUAUAUUGCUGUUUCCCAAGAAAAGUCAGACUGUUUGGAGAGAUUCUUGUAAUAUAAAUGGUCAACAAUAAACUAUAUAAUGUGGCCUUCUCACAGGUGGUUUUGAUUGCUUGCACCUGACAAGGUGCAGUUCUAAUAACUUAAACUGUAUGAUUAUAUUUAAUAAAUUUGGCCAUUGCAUUUUAGGGUUUUGAGGUAUGCAUUAGGAUGGAUAAUGACAAUUUCCCUAUUGUUUUAUCUGUAAAAGUAGAGAACAUAGAGGUAUGCCAUAGUGUACAAUUGCAAAAUGAUAGGAAAACUGACUGCAUGCCACAGAAAACUAGUGGAGUAGAUGAACUUGAUUGGCUAUUUAUGAGGCGUUUAAAUCUGAGGCCUUGCAAAGUCUGUGAUCUUAAAUUAUUGACAAUAAUCCCAGUGUUUAAUGGAAAAGUAAUUCUCGGGUAUUAUAUGGGGCACAACUACAAUUUUGCAAUUAAUUCAAACUCAGUUCUUGCAUGCUGUUUUGGGAGCCCCUAGGAGUGUUUGCAAUGCUGCCUUAAAAUCAGGAUUGGGAUUGCUAACAAUGGAUACUCAGGUUUAGUUAGUGAAAAUUACGUACAGUACUACCUCAAAUUGAAAUAUCAACAGUCUGGCUUUAUCCUUCUGAUUCUCUGAGUUGGUUAUAUGAAAUGGGGUAGAAGAUGGUUAUCAUAGGCCUACACUUACCAACUUUUGCUUUCAACGGUACCUAUGGGACAUUGCUGUCCAAACUGAUAGUCUUACAAAAGUAUCAUUAAUCCUUGGCAAUUUAGACAAGAUGAUAAUCUGGCAAACUAUCUGCACUGAGUUGCUCAGGCCAAACAGGAAGGCAUGCAUACUAGUGUGUUUUGAUGUGAUACUUUCAGCAUUUUACAGGACCGAUAAACAAGCCUUCCUUUUUCAGAAUGUCUUUCUCUAUGUGGUCCGAAGAGAUGGGAUUAGUUAACCAUGUCCUAAUAUGCUGUCUAUAUUAGAGGUAGGCCCAUUUAGCAUGUGUUAUGCUGAUUCUUCUAUAUUAUCUGCCUCCUUUGCUACUGACUGGUAUGAAAGAUGAAAAUUUACAUGAUUGCAAAAUUUUGCUGCCUUGCUUACUACACAAGAAGAUGUUAGGGGUUUAAUUUAUACUGAGGAUGUUCAUUUAUUUAUGUUUUAAUUUUAAUUUUGUACAGAACUGUAUUAUUUUUGGCUGAUCUUUGACUGUAAUAAACCAAAACAAAUUUUGUAUAAAUUACGUGUUGCUAUUAAUCACACAAUAAAAUAUGAAUAUGGACAGUACACCAAAGCACUCUAGUUUUAGGAUUAUAUUUUCAGUUCUACCUGGAAAGGAAUUCUUACUUAAUACAAAUAGUCCU